GGAUGCGAGGCGGGUGGCGAAGAAGGACCGCAGGAGGCGCGGGCGGCGCUCAGCCAUGUCUGCUGCAGCUGACGAAACGUCGGAAGACCUACCGGUGAGAGAUGUGGGCCUGGAUUUUGGAGGGCCGCAAGAGCCGUCGGGCACCCACAACGUGAAGGCACGGCAAGCUGUUUUGCGGAUCAGCCGAGAAGAACUGGAAGACCGAUACCUUCGCUUGCAUGAGGAGAGCAUCUUGCUUAAGCAACAUGCUCACAAGCAAGAGGAUAAAAUCAAAAGGAUGGCCACCAAGUUAAUACGGCUCGUGAACGACAAGAAGAAAGCCGAGCAGGUCAGUGGCGGCCCCAAGCGGCUGGGCCACGAUGUAGAGAUGGAGGAAGUGAUCGAGCAGCUGCAGGAGAAAGUUCGGGAGCUGGAGAAACAGAACGAGGCCGUCCACAACCGGCUCAUUUCGACCAAGCAGCAGCUUCAGCUUCAAGGGCACCGGCCGACGCCCUACAGUUACGUCCAGGCGCGCAUUAAUACCGGCCUCAAAAAAGCGGCCGAGGGGGUCGGAGUCCAGGAGCGCACAAAGAAAGGAAUGAGACUGCAAGACGCAGAAAUCCGAACGCUGAAAUCCCCGCAAGCGUUGCCUCCCAAAUACGGACAAAACUUACUUGAAGAAGCAAGGACAGAGAUAAGAAACCUAGAGAAUGAGAUCGAAUCGCUACGGGCACACAACGAGGAGUUAGCGCAGACCCUAGAAAUGCUCAGGAAUGAAAUAAGGAAGAAAGAGGAGGAGUUUGAAGAAGCUCUCCUGCAACUGAAAGAGCAUCAGGCAACAGGCCAGCGGUUAAGCAUUCGGGACAACGUGGAAAUGAUCAAGCUCCAUAAACAGUUGGUUGAGAAAAGCAAUGAGUUUGCAGCAAUGGAAGAAAAAGUUCUUCAGCUUCAGGAGAACCAAAAGAACCUUAAGGCAAGUCAUGAUGCGCUCAUGGCCAAGGGAGACGAACUCAAUUUGCAGCUUAAAGAAGAACGUUCGAAGUGCCUCCACCUUGAGAGAGAAUUGCAAGCCACGGCUUUCUCGAAGCGGCACUUAGAAGAGCUGCAAGAUAGAAUUAACGAUUUGGAAAAAGAGAGGGACCUCUUAAAAGAAAACUAUGAUAAAUUAUACAACAGUGCCUUCGGCGUGACCCGGGACCAGCAAUGGAAGCUAAAGGAGCAGCAGCUGAAACGGCAGAUUACUCAGCUGGAGGCUGCUUUAAAGUCGGAUUUAGCAGACAAAAACGACAUCCUAGACAGAAUCAAAGCAGAACGAGACCAAAAUGAAAAGCUGGCCCAGGAGAAUCAAGAUUUACGCUUGCGCUAUCUGGAGCAGAAGCAACAGCAGGAUGAAUUGAAGGACCGCAUGAAGUUUUUCACCAAGGAGAGCGACGUCGAUGUGGCUGAACUCAGUGAAGCUCUGAUGCUUAUAAAGGUUCGUAGGCAGGAAGCAAGUGGAGACCUCAUGUUUUUGGAGAAAGUGGAAGACGACGUCCAUAAGGACUUGGAGCGUUCCAUGCGUGAGCUCCAAGCAACCCAUGCAGAAACUGUUCAAGAACUUGAAAAGACACGCAAUAUGUUAAUUGUACAGCAUAAAAUUAACAAAGACUAUCAGGCAGAAGUGGAAUCCGUGACUCAGAAGAUGGAGGCCUUGCAGCGAGAUUAUGAGUUAAAACUGGAACAAUACGUCCACCUUCUUGACGUGAGAGCCGCACGCAUCCGGAAAUUGGAAGCCCAGCUGAAGGAUAUUGCGUACGGUACCAAACAAUACAAAUUCAGUCCAGAAAUCAUGCCAGAUGAUCCGGUCGAUGAGUUCGACGAAACCGCCCACUUAGAGCGAGGAGAGAACUUGCUUGAAAUCCACAUCAGCCGAGUGGUAUUUUCUGCAGAAGCUGCAAAGUCUUUCGGGGAUCAGGAACCUGCAACGUUCUGUACCUACGCGUUCUAUGAUUUUGAACUACAGACGACCCCAGUCGUCCGGGGCCUUAGCCCAGCCUACAAUUUUACUUCUCAGUAUCUCGUACGGGUGGACGACUUCUUUUUGCAGUACAUCCAGAAAAAUGGAGCUACGCUUGAGAUCCAUCAUGCCUACGGGAUGGACUUUGAGACAGCAGGAGCCUGCCGGCUGAGAUUCCAUGAAAUUUUGGAAAAGAAUGGCAGGAUCUAUAGUUCUGCCAUUUUGGUUGGAGUUGGAAGAGAGAUCCAGAACUAUGGCACUGUGGAAUACUGGGUCAGGUUAAGAGUUCCCAUGGACCAAGCUAUUCGACUAUAUAAAGAACGGGCAAAAGCCCUUGGAUACAUAACAACGAAUCUAAAGGAUCAGGCAAGCCCAGUGCUCAGUCCUGCCCAAGUCAGCACUUCAGCAGAUGGGAACGUAAACGAGCUCCACAUUACCAUAAAAUGUUGUAACAAUCUGCCGUGCCGAGAGAGCAACCUCCAGCCAAGUCCUUACGUCGUCUACAAGCUCUUUGAUUUCGCCGACCAUGACACCGCCGUCAUCCCUAGCAGUAACAACCCACAGUUUGCGGAUCACGUGUGCUUCCCGGUGCCAAUGAACGCAGACCUCGACCGCUACCUGAAAUCUGAAUCCUUGAGCCUCUACGUUUUUGAUGACAGCGAAACAGAAGAUGGGGUUUACAUUGGAAAAGCAAAUGUGCCCUUAAUUUCGUUAGCACAUGACAGAUACAUCUCGGGUGCCUUCGAACUGACAGAUUAUGAAGGCUGCUCCGCCGGUACCAUUAUUGUUGAACUGAAGUGGAAGUUUGCCUAUCUUCAGCCAGCGGGCUCGAUCGUAGCAGCGGACCUAACGGAUUACAUCCGGAAUGAGAAACCCGUGAAGGGGCAAGGGGAAGGCCCAGCUCUGACUCCUUUUUUCGCUCCGUCAACAACGAGGCCACAGCCUAAGCCGAGGCAACGCUUACCUGCAGCGGACAAGAAAGUGUCUUUUGUAGAUGUGGCUACACUGCCAAAUCCUAGCUCCAUCCCUGAAAAAGAAGAUAAAGAAACUGAGCAGAAAACUAAAGAUGCAACACCUAUUGUUUCAAGCAUUCCUCAGGCCAUACCAGAAACGCAGGCAGACAGCAGAGCAAGCAAAUCUGUGGCCAAGAUUCAGCAGGAACACGAGGAUCUCUCUCAGCUCUCUGAAGGUCAGUUUGCUGGCCAUAGCUCAACUACUUCAGGAGACGAAACUGAAAUUACUGAAGAAUUGGAACCUGAAGAACAAGAUGAUAGACAGACAACUGAUGCUGUUGAAUCGGUAAUAGAUAGCGAUGACUGUAUUAUUCCAACUUCUGCGUCGACUAGCCUUAAUCAGCCGCCUGCUGAAAAAAUCCGGAUUGAAAUCGUAUCGCUCAGUCUCUCAGAUGCCCAGGUUGCGAUGGAUAACACAAUACAAAGGCUGUUUGUAGAGUGCAAACUCUUCACUUUCGUAGGUGAAACUCCGGUAUCGCUUCCAAAACCCAGAAGUGGGCAGUGGAUCCACUACAACUGUAGCCAUGUGAUACGUGUGGAUCAGGCCGACAACGAAGCAAUGCGAGAUUGUCUCAGAAGCGUGCUUCAAGGGUCCGAGCCCAGCCCUGGAAGCAUACGAUUCACCGUGGUGAGCGACCCACCAGACGACGAACAAGACCUCGACUGUGAAGAUAUUGGCUUUGCGUACGUCAGGCUGAGCAAGAUAUUUCGGAAAAGACAAGACAUCACGGAACGAGACAUUGACAUUAUCAGUUCACAAGAUGAUGGCGCAGUAAUUGGAAAACUCAAAGUAACAGUGGAAGCCCUCCGUGCCCUGCGCUCAAUCUAUGAGGAGCUUGGGAACCGCCAGAAGGCCAGAAAAUAAGGACCUUUGCCUACAGGCGUGCCUUCCCCCAGCGUAACCAAUGCUGGGUAGCUCUUGGAAGACUCAGAGAUGCUACAGUAUAUUUAAUGUAUAAUUUAUAUGUAAAGGAUGCACAAUUUGCAGUUGUAAAGUUUAUAUAUUUUUCCGUCUGUUUGGAUUUUUUAUAUAUAUUCCCCCCCCCGCCCCCCCCCCCCCGGCUCCCUAAGGCUACAACCCCCACCCACAGUGGACACCAGCUUGUAAAUAAUUAAUACCUACAUGAUUGAAUGAUGUGCUUUAUUUGCAUUUUCAGCAUAUAUAUUUUUUGCCUUUACAUAAAACAGUAAUAAAAAUGCAAGUCAAAUUUUUAAUUUUUAAUAAUAAAAAAAAACCCUAAGCCUUAGAAAACUGAUUAAAAAUACUUUUAUGUUAUCCCUAAUCACCCCACUAAAUGGAAUGCCUGCGAUUAGCCUCAUUAAGAAUUUUAUACUGUGAAGCUUUUAUUAGAAGCAAUAUAUGAAAAUUACUUGGAUUAAUGUGUUAAUCUGCCUCUUUAAAAUGCUAAUAUCCAUUUUAUGCACAUUAAAUCUCAGUAUGCGUUUUCUUUGAUGCAUGCCGUUUCUAUCAAUUAAAUAUAAAGAACGAG